GGUCGAUGGCAAGUUUGACGAUCGGAUGACAGUAGCUACAAGCCUACAACCGCCAUAUUCUGAGUCCCACUCAUGUUGGGGUACUUUUGUCAUUUCCUAAUUCCACGUCACUCCGCGCCUGCGUGGAACCUUCCACAGUCGCCACGUAGGCAGGCGCAAAAUAACGAGGCUGUUACUUUUCGCACACAAGCACAGCUAUGCUACAAUGCGCCCACUGCAGCGGAGGGAAAUUUGAUAAAGAAGAACGAGGGUUUUGGUUUGCGAUAAAGACAUGGAAAGUGGGAGAGUUAUUAGUAGCGAGAAAAACGCGAUUCGAAUUGAGAAUCCGUUUACGUUGAAGGUGGGUCAGGUUUUCACAGGUUUUGGUAUCGGAUGUGGAGUCGGAAUCGGCGUUGGGCGCCCUUUAAAUUUGGGUGCAAUACCUAUGUUGAAUCAAGUAAUGAGUGCCACCAGGGGUGCCACCGAUGCAUUUUCUGGUGUUAGCAGGCAUGUCAAUACUUCUUUGAGGAAAUUGGGAGCUAAGAAUAUUGAAGUGGGUAUUGGAUGUGGUGUUGGUUUUGGUCAUGGUUUUGGAGUUGGCCUGGCUGUGAAACCAGCGGUUUUGAAUCAAAUUCAAUCUUGUCUUGUGGAUGCAAUGACAAAGAUGAUGACAAAGUUUGGACUCAGUCCCAGUUUACCCUUUACUCAGGGUGCAUUUCCGUCACCCUUGCAAAGUACUAUAAGUGCAGUCAAUACAAACCAAGGUUCUGCUCAAAGCACGAUACAGUUGGCAACUAAAUCAGCUGAUCAAGUAUCUCAAGGUCUGGCAGGGUCUCUACCUGUGCAAAUUGGUUCAGAUUUUGAAAAUACUCCGUUAAGAGGCACUGCAGUUGACUCUACAUUUGGCAGCCGAACUGAGAAGGUUAUUAGCAACUUUCUGCAAGAUCCAAUAUUGAAGGGAGAAGGAGGAGGACUUGAUGAAGCAGUUGGACGUUUGCAAUCAGAAAGGAUACUACUUCAGAUGGUUUUGAAACACCAACAAAUGAUUGAAGAACUUGUGGAGGAAAACAAUAGGCUUCGAGAAAUACUAAUGGAGGACCUGAAAAUACCAUCUAGCAAACUAGAAGCAAGUUCUUCAGCUAGAAAUAGCAAAAGUAGGGUGUCAUGUACAGAUUGUUUUGAGUGCAGGAGAAAACAAAGAAAAAAGUAGGUUAGUAAUAAUAAUAAAUUCAUACGUGCUUCGGGCUGUUACAAUUUAAUGAGUUAGAAUGGAUGGAACGGAAAGGAAGAAAUGAAAUUAUUAUUUUAUUAUUUAAA